AUGUCGACGUCAUCUCCGCGUGUGAUUAGAUUCACCAAUGGCUACCUCCUCAAAAAUGGUGAAUUGGUGCCCGGUGAUCUUUGGGUCUCAUCCGAGACGGGACGGAUCAUGAGUCCUCAGUCAGCCUUCUAUUCUUCGCAUCUGAGACCCGACAGAACAGUGGACCUUCAAGGCAGAAUCUUAUCCCCAGGCUUUAUCGAUGUUCAGAUCAAUGGCUCCCACAACUUUGACUUCUCAACGCCCGACCCAGACUUUGCCUCAAAGUUGACACACACGACCCAGCAGAUGAUCAAGGCUGGCCUCACUUCUUUCGUCCCGACCGUCAUCAGCACAACACCAGAGAGCUAUCAUGCUGUGCUCCCUUAUCUCGGUCCUACGGGGAAGGUACGUGAUGCCAGCAACGGCUCAGAGAGUCUUGGGGCCCACGUCGAAGGACCCUUUCUUUCGCCGGUGAGAAAUGGAAUCCACAACAAGGAGGUCUUACGGGAAGCGCAUUCUUGGGCCGACAUCGAGGAAUGCUACGGUGCAGGAAACCUUCGCAACGUGAGAUACAUCACCGCCGCUCCCGAGAGAGGGAACAUGAUCAACCUGAUCCCGGCCUUCGUCAAACGGGGCAUCGUCUUCUCCGUCGGACACUCUGAUGCCACUUUCGAACAGGCGCAGGCUGCUAUGGCCGCUGGCGCCUCGAUGGUCACGCAUCUUUUCAACGCCAUGCGUCCCUUUGGACAUCGUGAUCCUGGGAUUUUUGGUCUUUUGGGACAGUCGGCGCCAUCGACCCCUGUGGCCACGCCCAGGACCAGCCGCCCGUCAAGCCCGGCAGGUUCACCACAAGGCUCUCCUCGGUCGAGGAGGUCCACCCCUCGUUCCAGCCUCAGCAUCAGCACCUCCAUGUCGGAUCUGGAAGAUGAGGCCGAACGUUACAAGCAGCCGUACUUCGGUCUCAUCGCCGAUGGCAUCCACCUGUCGGCGCAGACUCUAAAGAUUGCCUAUUCUGCUCACCCGGAAGGUGCAAUCCUUGUGACCGACGCGCAGAUGUUUGCUGGAUGUCCCGACGGCGCCUACGAGUGGCGAGGAGAAGAUCGAUUCGUCAAGGAAGGCAAGCUGCUCAAGCUGGAAAGCAACGGGCGUAUCGCCGGCAGCGUGGCUGACCUGAUCGACUGUGUCAACAACUUCAAGCGAUGGACGGGCUGCGGAACGGCAAAAGCGCUGGAAUGCGUGACCAGUACCCCGGCCAGGAUGCUUGGCAAGGACGUGGAAAACACUAAAGGAAGGCUUGAGGUGGGCAUGGACGCGGAUCUGGUGGUUCUGGAAGAAGGUCUCGAGGGAGAUUUGACGGUGCAGCAGGUGUGGAAAUUCGGCGUCCAGGUGGCCUAA